AAUUAAAUAAUUUAAAACAAAUUGAAAAAGAAAUCAUUGAAUAUAUUUCAGACAUGAAAAAAAAAGAUAGUGGCGAAUAUAAAGCAAAUUCUAUUAAACAAGCAGUAGAUACUAUAAGCCGAUUUUUUCUUUAUAAUUCACCAAUUCAGGUUAAUUUACAUGAUCAGUAUUUAUUUCCAGAUUUGUAUACUGUUUUACAUGGAAAAAUGCGAGAUCUUCAAGAACAUGGAUUCGGUGAAACAAGGGGAUCAAUUGCAUUAAAUUCACAACAAAUUCAAGAAAUUUUACAGCAUCCAAAAAUUGAUCGUAGCAAUCCAGUAAACCUAUUAUAUCAUAUUUUUAUAUAUUUAUCAAUUAUUCUUGCAAUGCGUAGUGGUGAACACUAUCAACUUAAAGUUAAUCAGUUUAAAAUUGAUAGGCAAGAUGGUUUACAGUUUUUUCAUUACACUUCAAAAAAUAAUCAACGUGGACUCAAAAAAGGUCAAGCACAAGUUAUUUUAAUUCUUGUAGAUGCU